CGGAAGGUGACGUGGACACGGAAGUGGUCGUCGUCGCGGCGGCACCGGUGGGAGCUGGGCGCUGGGCUCGGAGUGCGGCGGCGGCGCGGGCGUGCGGCGGCGGCGGCGGCGGCCUCGCAGCGGCAGCGAUAGCCCUGGUCGCCGGCGUGGUCCAUUAGGUGCGAAUCCUGUGAGUCCACGAGCGGCCUCGGCCCCUCUCUGCGGCCGGUCGGAACCCGGGAGCCCGGACCCGCUUGGCCGGCGUCAUCAUGACCAAGGCCGGUAGCAAGGGCGGGAACCUCCGCGACAAGCUGGACGGCAAUGAGCUGGACCUGAGCCUCAGCGACCUGAAUGAGGUCCCCGUCAAGGAGCUGGCUGCACUUCCAAAGGCCACCAUACUGGAUCUGUCUUGCAACAAACUGAGUACUCUACCGUCGGAUUUCUGUGGCCUCACGCACCUGGUGAAGCUGGACCUCAGUAAGAACAAGCUCCAGCAGCUGCCGGCAGACUUUGGCCGCCUGGUCAACCUCCAGCAUCUGGAUCUCCUCAACAACAGGCUGGUUACCCUGCCUGUCAGCUUUGCUCAGCUCAAGAACCUGAAGUGGCUGGACCUGAAGGACAAUCCCCUGGAUCCUGUCCUGGCCAAAGUGGCAGGCGAUUGCUUGGAUGAGAAGCAAUGUAAGCAGUGUGCAAACAAGGUGUUACAGCACAUGAAGGCCGUGCAGGCAGAUCAGGAACGAGAGCGGCAACGGCGACUGGAAGUGGAACGAGAGGCAGAGAAGAAACGUGAGGCCAAGCAGCAAGCUAAAGAAGCAAAGGAGCGGGAACUGAGGAAACGGGAGAAGGCGGAGGAGAAGGAGCGUCGGCGAAAGGAAUAUGAUGCCCUUAAAGCUUCCAAACGGGAACAGGAGAAGAAGCCCAAGAAGGAAACAAAUCAGGCCCCCAAAUCUAAGUCUGGCUCUCGCCCCCGCAAGCCACCACCCCGGAAACACACUCGCUCCUGGGCUGUGCUGAAGGUGUUGCUGCUGCUGCUGCUGCUGUGUGUGGCAGGUGGGCUGGUUGCAUGCCGGAUGACAGGGCUGCAGCAGCAGCCCCUUUGUACCAGUGUGAACACCCUCUACGACAAUGCUGUCCAGGGUCUGCGCCACCAUGAGAUUCUCCAGUGGGUUCUCCAGACCGACUCCCAGCAGUGAGCUUGUCCUCAGCACCGCUGCCUCCCAGCCUUGGAGCUUGGAUUCCUAUGGAAUUGGGUUCUGCUGGACACAACCUCUUUUUAGUGUCAGACCUACCUGCCAUCAUCAAAUGGCCGCCAAUUGGUACUUGAGAUCUCCCCUUUGUAGGACUUCUUUGUUCCUAGUCAGGGUUCCCUGGUGGAAUGAGGAGAAAUGGAGGUGGGGAGGAAGAGUUACCUGCAUGCCUAAAGGAAUAGGCUAGGGGUGGGGAGAGAAGACAUGGCCUUUUCGAGUUACCAUACAAAGCUGUGUAAAGGAAAGGUUUGUUUCUACUAAAUGGUCAGCUGUCACUACAUUUAUACUUUUGUAUGUCAUAAACCCUUUCAUUCCUUCCUGGGUAACCAGGAUAGAUCAGGAGGCAGUGUGUUUCUGGGGACUAGGGGAACAAACACCAUGCUUGGGUAAAUCCAGCUUAAACUGGGAGUAUGAAGUAAUAUAUUUCCUUAAAGACCUCAGGCAUUCGAGUAUUUUUGGCAACCAUACCAAAUCUUUGGCUGUGAAAACCUCAUGCCAUCACUCCAGGUAACACUUGCAGGCAGAGCAAGGGAGGCCUUCCAUGACCUGCCCUCAGUCCCCUAGCUAGUCAAGGCACAACCUGUGUUCACUCCAGUGUUCUUUUCCUUGAUGUCAUUUGGCUCCUUCAUAAUGCCAGAGAGAACAGAACUCACACCACAAUUGUCUCAGCUCAAGUAUAGUGUUUCACAGUAGAUGGAUCCAUCACUCACAGGUAGAUUCCAUGCCAUCAGGGUCUUGGGCAGCUCCUGUGGACUUCUGCCACACUGAAGUGGCUUCCACAAAAUGGCAGCAGGCCAGGCUCCUUACCUGCUUUAUAGCAUUAACUCUGUUUGCCAGAAAGUAUGGAGCUGGAUCUCUGCAAAGCUGCACUGUUACAGCUCCACUAGUAUUUGGUAUGCUGAAAUACCUCAAAGGCAAUCUGAAAAUUCAACUUCAAAGAAGCAGGUUUAGAGUAGAUUCUGAGAUGGAAAGAUUAGAAGCAGCUGGAGCUGAAGUGAAACAACUUACUGGGUGGAGCGGCAUAGUGAUGCAUACCCAAACACUAGCACAAGUGAGGGCAGCGCGUCCAUCGUGGCUGCUAUCACAGUCUCCUGCCUCCUUUCCCUCAUCUUUUCAUAACAGCUGGAUGAAGGGAUCAGAAAUGACGGUGUCUUGGUGCUCAUUCGCUAAAAACUCCCAAUGGCAAGCUCCUUGCCUCUCCCCCAUGGGAGCACAAGGACCUGUCACAGUUCAGAGUGUAGUCCUAGUGGCCCUUCCGGAAGGUCUGCUACUCACAACUGUCCCGACAUUGGAAGAAAGGACUGUGUUCUCUCCUCCCCAGAUAGCUCUGCCUUGUAGGUCCACAUCUUAAUCACUACACAUUCCUUUAGUCUUCCUCCAAGCUCCAGAGCUAUUGGUACAAAUGCUUUAUUGAAACUAAACACACAUUACAUA